AUGGACAAGUAUGAGCUUGUCCCAUUAUUUGGAAAUGAGGAGAAGAUACCAGACUGCAUAACUCUGCUGAAUGAGGUAAGAUAAUAAGAAUGAAUGUGACCAUGCUUCAGGAAUGGCCGAAGUCGGAGACGUUUCGACUCAACAGCCUCAAUAAGUAUUGUAAACCAUCACCGCCGAUGUCGGUGAUUCUUCUGGAUUCGGAGACAAGGGAAUUGAUUGGGCAUUCAAGAUUUUUGAACGUCUGCAACUAUGGAGCUGGAAGAGCCGCCUAUCUGGAGUCGUUGAUAAUACGAAAAGCAGAUCGAGGCAAGGGAAUAGGCAAAGUUUUGGUCCAGAAAUGCGUUGAGAAGGCCAAAAAUGAAGGAUAUUCUGUGGUAGGCCGAAUUUUUUUGUUGGAGUUUAGAUCUGUCAAAAAUUCUGUUUCAUCUGAUAUUCCCUCAAUUCAAAUAUUCCCAAAGUUUUGCUAAAAGAUGGCGUUUACAGGUCCUGUUGUGCACUGAAGAUCAGAUGGAGUUCUACGAGAAAUGUGGAUUCCAAUGCUGCGAGUUCUUGCCUAUAUUAACCAUGGGGGUUGAGGCUUGUGUGGCGAGUUCAGUUGUAUUCUCUGAGAUCAAGCCAAUCGAUCGGAAGGAAUGCAAAACAACUCUUCCUGUAUCCAAUGGAGUUCUGCCUUCUUCUGCAGCUCUAACGGCUAUCUCUAAUGGCCCUUUACCCCCUCCUCCGCCAGCUCCGUCGAUCAAAUCACCUGUUCGAGUGAAUAAACCCGAACAAUUCAUGUUUUUGUACUUGUAA